AUGAAGAACAUGAGAAAUGAUCGUCUAUCCGGUACUCCUUGGGAUAAUGUAAAAACGUUAAAAAAUUGUCAAGUAGAUUUAUUAUGUUCUUAUGAUUUACACAAAGGAGUAGAACAUAAACUAAUAUCAUUCGCUUUAAAUUUAUUGUGCGUAAGUAAAAAGUAUGAAUUAAUAUUUAUUAGCUACGGUCAAUAUAUUUAUGUUUAUGAAAUGAAUAAGUUUAUAAAUAAUAGUCAUUUUUUUAUGGAUAAAAAUGAAAAUAAUAAAUAUAAAUUUCAAUAUUAUUUUAAUAAUGAAGAAAUUAAAAAAAAUAAUUCCGUUUUUAAAAAUAUGAAUAAAAUAUCAUAUAUAUAUGAAGAAUUGAAAAAAGAAUUUUACUUAAAAAAGAUGAAUAUACCAUGUCCUUCUUUAAUACUGUCUCCACAUUUAUAUUCUAAAGGAUAUGUUAAUAUAAAAUGUGAAGAAAAUGAAGCAAUGAAUAAAAGUAUAUUAAUUUCAGUUGGAUGGUCAGAAGAUACUAAUGUAUAUUAUGUCGAAAAAAUUGUUGAAUCUAUUAAUACAAAACAGAAAAUAAAAAAAGUCUUGGAAAAUAAUAUAUAUGAUUUUUUUCAAAAAUAUGAAAAUAUUUAUAAUGACCAAUAUGUUCCAUCUCCCCUUUUUUCCAAUAUUUCCAAGGAUCCGUAUUAUUUUUUAAAAAAGUUAAAAAUUGACGAACACCAUUUUCUACUUAAUAUUUUAUAUAAUAAUGAUAAUGAUAAUUAUAAUAAUGAUAAUAUUAUUGAACCAUAUAAUAAUCAUUAUUUGAAUUCUAAAUCUAAGAAUAAGUUAGACACACUUAUGUGUAACCCCUUUAUCAUUAAUGAAGAAUAUUUAGCUAAUUACUCCAACGAUAUUGUUGAUAUGAUUAAAUUUUCAAAAAUUAGUAACUAUUUUGAUUAUUCAAAAAAUAAAAUUAAAGAAAAGAGGAAUAUGCUAUUUUAUAAAUAUCAUGAAAAUAGGAAAAGGAAAGCCUUAUCCUUAGUAUCUAAAGAAAAGAAAAAAAAAAAGAAGAAGAAAAAAAAAUUAGACAAUUCUAAUGAUAAAAUAGAUCAAAUUAUAAAUGUUGAAACAAUUAAUAAUUUUCCUAAUAAUAUAGAACAUAUUGAUCAAAAUAAUAAAAUAUAUGAUAUUCAUGACGGUGAUAUUAUGGAUCCAAAUAGUGAUGACGACAUUAUUAAUCACAUACAAAAUGACAUUGUUAAUAAUGACCGUCUUGGUGAUGGUAAUAUGAACCAUGUUAAUAAAUCCAAUGAGCGAAAAAAGAAAAAAAAAGUAAAUAUUAUGGAAAAUCAUACAUAUAAUGAGAAAGAAAAGAAACGACAAAAAAUUGAUAUUUUAAAAAUAAAAAAAAAAAACAACAUGUAUAAUGAAGAUGUUUCUAAAACCAGUCACACGGGUGUACUGAAAAUGGAAAACGAUAAAAUGUAUAAUGAAAUGAGUGAAACACAAAGGGAAAAAAAAAAAGAAAAAUGUAUAAAAAGAAAAAAACAAAAAUGCAAGUUUAGGAUUAGUGAUAUUUAUAGUAGUCUUGAGAGUGAAGAGGAGGAAUUAGAAGAAGAAUUAAGGGAUGAAGAAAAACAUGAUGAAAAACAUGAUGAAAAACAUGAUGAAAAACAUAAUGAUAAUAAAAAUAAUGAUAAAAAUAAUGAUAAAAAUAAUAUAUCUUGUAAAGAUUUGAAAAAUUCAAAAAUGAAGAAAAGGAAAAAAAUAAGAAUUAAAAGAAAUUACAAAAGUACAUAUAAAAACCUCCAUUGUAACAAUUAUUUAGAUUAUGGUGAAAAGGAAGUAGACCAAUUAGAUUUUUAUAAUAAGCUACGUAAAAAGGUUUAUAUAGGAUAUAAUUUAAGAAAUAAUUUAGAACUAAAUGAAAAAAAUGAUUAUAUAAAUACGUUCAGAAUGAAAAAUCAUUUUAUAAAUGAAUAUAUGAAAUCAUCUUCGGAUGAUGAAAUAAAUGAUGAUAAUAUUAAUGAAGAGAAUUUUUCAUUAAAUUUAAAUGAUACUAAUAUGGAUAUGAUUAAUAGAAAAGAGGAGAAGAAUAGGUUCUAUACUCGAGAUUAUUCUUCUAGCGAUACUUCAAAUUAUUAUCCUAUCCAUAGUCAUGAUGAUAAUUACUAUGAUAGUUAUCACAAUGUUAAUACUUAUAACCUUCAUCGAAAAAAGUAUCAUUAUAAACCAUUUGAAAAUAUUAAGAAAUUUAAAAACAAAAAUCCGUAUUUUUAUCCUCAAAGAAAGUAUGAAAUACAUGUUAAAGAAUACAAAGGUAAGAACAAAAAAAGACAACUAAAACGUUUAAAUAAAAAUAUAAAAAAUUAUAUGUUAUAUACAAAACAACUUAAUAAAUUAAAAGAAGAGAGAAAAGCAUUUAUUAAUUUCUGUAAAUCAUAUAUAAAAAAUAAAUAUUAUAAUGAUUAUAGUAGACGAUUAGAAACUUUUUUGGAUCCAUAUAAUAAAAUAAAGUAUCAUAAUAUAUGGAAAGGUUUUAAUAUCUUUACAUUUAAUUUAUUUAAUGUUGAUUAUAAUGAUAAAAUUUUGAAAUCUGUACAAAUAUAUAUACAACCAGAUAUUGUAUUUAAUAAUAAAAUGUAUAUAAAAUCAGAUACUUCUACAUGGGCCAUAUCAUUUAAUUUCAAAAAAAAUUUACUAGCCAUUGGAUCAAAUACGCACAAUAUACAUAUAUAUAAUUUGAACAAUUUUUAUUAUUUUAGAAAAAGGUAUGAUUAUGAUGAAGCAAUAGAUUAUUUUAGAAAUAUGUUUAUACAUAAUAAUAUAAAAGUAGGAGAGCUCUUUGAAAACGACAAAGGUUGUGCAUUUUUAUAUGAAGAUAUUUAUUAUAGAAAUGUUGCUCAAACUAAUUCACCUAAUGAUAAUAAUAGAGUACAGGAUUAUAAUAAUAAAGAACAAAAUAUAUUACAUGAAUAUAGUGAAACGAAAGAAAACAAAAUGAAAAAUAAAAAUUUAUCUCAUGAUUGUACAAAAGGAAAGAAAUCUGUAUUACCCGCAGAUAAUAUAAUAAAUAAUAUUCUUAUAAGAAAAACUACAAUUCCUGUUGAUUUAUCACUUUUUUUUAUUUUUAGAAAAGAAUAUUUGAAAUCUGUACUUAUAACAAUAUCACAAAAUUUUCCAGUAGAUUCUCUGCUGUUAAUUUUAAAACAAGCAUACAUAGGAAAGGAAUUUUAUAACAUACAAUGGGAUAUAUAUUAUAAUAUGAAGAAAUUUAUGUUGAGAAUUAAAAAGAUGUAUUCUAACAUAUUUCUUAGAAGAUGUAAUGUUCCUUUAAAUUUAUUUGAUAGUAAUACACUACAAGUAAAUUCUCAUAAUUUGCUAAAAAAUGGGUAUAUAAAAUCUUUAUAUCAAUAUUUUCUUUUGUAUUCCCAUUAUGAAGAUGCGUACAAUAAAUAUAAUAUUACAAAGGAACAGAUAAAAAAAAAAGAAAAAAGAAACAAUAUAAGAAAAAAAAAAUUGAAAACCUUAUUAAACACAUAUCAUGGUAUGAAUAAAAAUUCAUUGAAUGUUAUAUGUAAGAAAUAUGAUAAUCUUCGUAUGUAUGCGGAACAUGCAAAGGAUUUUUUAUCACAAUAUAUAUAUAAUAGUAAAACCAAGAAUGAAAGUGAAUUAAUUUUAUUUAAUGAUGAUUUAUUUAUACAAUAUAGUAGUGAUGAAGAAAUUAUGAAUGAUAACAAUAUAAUAUAUAGAAAAUAUAAAAAUUAUAGUUUAUUAAGAAUAGAAAAAUGUUAUGCAGACUAUGCAUUUUCUAAAUUAUGUCGUAUGAAUAAUAAUAAUAAUAAUAAUAAUAAUAUUAAUAAAGUUUCUUCUUUUUUUGAAAAAAAAUGUUUAUUUAGCCGCUCUUAUAUAUAUUGUUAUAGAAAAGCUAACAUCGUUUUAAAAAAAAUUUCUAAUUGUUUUAGAGAUUUUAUUAAAGCCAGACAUAAUAAUAAUUUUUCUUUUAAACAUCAAUUAUUUUCAAAUGAUGAUGCAAUAUUUAUAAUUCAAUUUGGAAACGAAAUAAAAAAGAAGAAAAAAAAGAAAGUAUGUAAAAUAUCGAGAAAUUAUAAACAGGCUCCCUUAAAAUAUAUCAAAAAAUUAAAAAGAGUAAUUAAAUAUAUUCAAAUUAAUAAUAUGUCACCAAAUGAUUUACGUUUAUGUUCAAGAAAUUAUAUAAAUAUAAAUAAUAAUGAAAAGGAAUUUUUCAAAAAGAAAUUAUUAGUAAUUUGUGAAUUAAGAGAUCAUAAUAAUAACUUGUUAGAUAUUAUACAUUUAUCAAAUGGUUUGAAAGAAGAAUAUAGUGAUUUAUUAGAAGCGAAUGCAUCGUAUAAAUUAUUAAAUUAUGAGGGGUUUUCCCGUUCCAUUGAUUAUGAUGAUGAUAAUGUAGAUGAUGAUAAUGUGGAUGAUGAUAAUGUAGAUGAUGAUAAUGUAGAUGAUGAUAAUGUAAAUGCUGAUAAUGUAUAUGUUGAUAAUGUAAAUGUUGAUAAUGUAGAUGCUGAUAAUGUAGAUGUUGAUAAUGUAAAUGUUGAUAAUGUAAAUGUUGAUAAUGUAAAUGUUGAUAAUGUAAAUGUUGAUAAUGUAGAUGCUGAUAAUGUAGAUGUUGAUAAUGUAAAUGUUGAUAAUGUAAAUGUUGAUAAUGUAAAUGUUGAUAAUGUAAAUGUUGAUAAUGUAGAUGCUGAUAAUGUAAAUGUUGAUAAUGUAGAUGCUGAUAAUGUAAAUGUUGAUAAUGUAAAUGUUGAUAAUGUAAAUGUUAAUAAUGAAGGUGAUAAUAAUAUUAGUGUUAAUAAUGUUGAUGCUCUUUAUAAUAUUGGUGUUCAUGAUGAUGACGAUGAUGAUGACGAUGAUGAUGAUGACGAUGAUGAUGAUGAUGACGAUUAUGAUGAUGACGACUAUGAUGAUGAUGAUGAAGAUGAUGACGAUGAUAAUUACAAACGAAAAAAUAAUUUCCGAAUAUUUAAAAGAAGGUACUUAAAUAAAAACAAUUAUCUUUUAGAAAAAAAAAGGAAGGAACUAACAAGUACGAGUUUAAUGAAGGAAAAUCAUCUGAGUGGAAUUAUAAAUAAUACUAUAGAUAUGGAAAUGAAUUAUAUGACAUAUUAUAAAGGACAUAUGAAUAAAUUAAAAAAAGAUAAAAGGAGAAGUAAUAAGGAUAUAUGUGUAAGAAAAUAUAACACAUCAUAUGAUAUUAAUGAUGAAUCAUUCUCUUAUUCAUCCUUAUCAUGUUCUUCAUCAUCAUUUUCUUAUGAUGAUAACAAUAUGGUGGAUAAUAAUUUACCUUAUAAAACAAAUUAUUCAUUUGUCAAUAUCCCUAUUGCUCAUGGAGUACCAUAUACUAAUACACCAUUAAAUAAUAGUUCAUUACAAAGACAUAAUACAAUUUUAAGAAAUCGAAUAAAUUCGAGUAUAGAAAAUAGUAAUAAUAAUAAUAAUAAUAAUACUAUACCUAGUACUCAACAUUUUAGACUUUUCAUUAAUAAUCCUUUAUCAAACAAUUUAACUGCUGUAGAAAGUAAUGUACCUAAUCGUAGAAGUAAUAGUGUAGGUCAUAAUUUGUAUACAUAUAUAAAUAAUAUGUUAUAUAAUCCUAAUAAUACCUUGAAUUUUAAUAGAGAUAUGAAUGUAGUUAAUAUGAUGGGACGUACCUUUGACAUAAGUCGUAUAGGAAAUACAAGAAAUACGAAUGCUCAGAAUUAUCAAAAUAAUAUGGAUAAUAGGAAUGCUGAUUGUAAUAAUGAAAACCAGACCAUGAAUGAACAAAAUGAAGGAUAUUAUUUAAAUGUUGAAGUUAUUCCUGGAUCUAUGCACUUACAAGAUAAUGUUCAAAAUGGUCAAAGUGUAAAUAUUCAAAAUGGUCAAAGUGUAAAUAUUCAAAAUGGUCAAAGUGUAAAUAUUCAAAAUGGUCAAAGUGUAAAUAUUCAAAAUGGUCAAAGUGUAAAUAUUCAAAAUGAUCAAGAUAUAAAUGAUCAAAAUAAUAAAGAUAUAAAUGUUCAAAAUGACAAAGAUAUAAAUAUUCAAAAUGGUCAAAGUGUAAAUGGUCAAAAUGAUGAAGAUAUAAAUGAUCAAAAUAAUAAAGAUAUAAAUGUUCAAAAUGGUCAAAGUUUAAAUGUUCAAAAUGACCUUCAUGCCAAUGUUGUAAGUUCAAAUGCUCAAAACACCAAUACUGAUAAUUCAAAUAAUAAUAUUAUUAAUAACGUUAUAAAUAUAAGACACACGAAUGAACAAAAUAAUGUUAACAAUAUGAACCAAAAUAAUAAUAAUAAUAAUAAUAAUAAUUCGGAUAAUAUAAAUAUGAUUAGUAAUAUUAGUAAUGAGAUGCGAAAUGUUCCUAAUACCAAUCGUCAACCUUUAGAUAUUGAAUACCGAUUUUUAGAUAUGAUAUAUAAUAAUAUUUUAAAUUCAAGGAAUGAACGAAGAAAUAUAACUACUUCCUUAAAUACAAGAAAUCUACCAUUUAAUAGAAAUAAUGUUAUUAUAUCACGAAGAAAUAAUGUAUCAAAUAUUCCAACACAGGAUAUAUCAGAAGACAUGAUACGUAAUAUGAUAGCGAUUAGCAUUGGAAAUAUGGAUGUAUUAAAUGAAAAAAAACCCUUAAAUAAUUUUGUAAAAGGAAUUGCUAAAAAUUCCAAUUCAAAAAUUAAUAAAAAAAGAAUGAUAUUUAAUUUAAUUCCUUUGAAUUGGAAAAAUGUUUGUACAAAAAAGAAAUACGAUGUUAAGAUUAAAUAUAUUUAUACCUUGUCUGAUUGUGCCGAUAAAAUAUUACAGAAGUAUAAAAAGAAUGAUCAACUGGAUUUGGAUUUUGUUGUUAUAUGUGAGGGGUUAUGUGAACCAAGUAUGCAAAAUACACAAAAGAGAAAUGAAAAUAAGUUACAAGAUGAUAAAAGAGGAGAGAAUAAAAUAGAAAAUGAUGAAAUGAAAGACCACAAAAUAGAUGAUAAUAUAAAAGAAAAUGAUGAAAUGAAAGACCACAAAAUAGAUGAUAAUAUAAAAGAAAAUAAUGAAAUGAAAGACCACAAAAUAGAUGAUAAUAUAAAAGAAAAUGAUGAAAUGAAAGACCACAAAAUAGAUGAUAAUAUAAAAGAAAAUAAUGAAAUGAAAGACCACAAAAUAGAUGAUAAUAUAAAAGAAAAUGAUGAAAUGAAAGACCACAAAAUAGAUGAUAAUAUAAUAGAAAAUGAUGAAAUGAAAGACCACAAAAUAGAUGAUAAUAUAAAAGAAAAUGAUGAAAUGAAAGACCACAAAAUAGAUGAUAAUAUAAUAAAAAAUGAUGAAAUGAAAGACCACAAAAUAGAUGAUAAUAUAAAAGAAAAUGAUAAUAUCAAAGACAAUUUUAUUUUAGAAGAACAAAAUUUAGAAUCUCAAAGAACACUUAUAAUGAUUAAUAAAGAAGAUGAUAUAAGGGAUGAUAAAAAAAAAAAUGAAGAAUCUGAACAAAAUAUAGAAGAAUAUUUUUGUAGCAAAAAUAAUGAAUCAUCCGAGAAUAAUUUAAAUAAUUCAUAUGCAUGUUUCAUGGAACUAAAUAAUAAUAAAAUGAACGAUAAUAAUUGUAUAUAUGAUGAACAUAUUAGAUAUAAUGAAACGGAAAAGGAAAAUAUAAAAAAUACCAUACCAGGAAAAGAGAACGAAAUAAAUACAAUAAUGUUAGAUAAAGAAUAUAAUAAUAGUAUAAUUGAGAAUAAGGAAAAUAUUUCAUCUAAAUCUAGUUCAUAUGAUAUGUAUGAUUCUUACUCUAUUUCGUCAAAUGGUUCUUCUGACAGUAAUUUGUCUAGUGAUAUGAAUGAAUUUAAUUUUUUUUCCUCGAGUGAAGAAUGUUCGGAGUGUGAAUAUAAUACUUUGUGCUUACAUAAUAGUAGUAAUAUAAAUUCAUAUUCAGUAUAUAAAUUUUUAAAAAAGGAUAAUUCUAUAUUGUUUGUUAAUAAUUGUAAUGUAAAGAUUAAAGGAGGUGAAGGAAUUAUAAAAGAAUAUCAUUUAAAAGGGUAUAAGAGGAAUAAAAAUAUGAACAUAAAAAAUAUGCAUUCUCGUAAUAAAAAUAAAAAAUAUAAUAGAAAAACUAAACUUAUACCUUUAAAAAUAAAUGAUAUGGAAUACAAAUAUAUAGUAAAUGAAAAUAAUGAUAUAUUUAUUUCAGAACCCUUUUUUAGUAUAAAAUCGAAAUAUCUUGAAAAAAUUUUAUUACAAGAAGGUUAUUACAAAUUUGAAGAAAAUGAAAUGAAUGAAAUUCAAUAUGUAAAUGAAAGAAUAACCAAAGGAAAUACAUAUGUAAAUACCAAAGAUAUAAUAACUUCAUUUAAUUCGAACGAAAAAAAGGAUCAAAACAUUUAUUGUAGUAAGAUGAAAUAUAAUGAAGGAAAGAAUAAUAUUAAUGAGAAUACAAAUGAGAAUGUUAAUUCAUGUAAUAGUUUUGUUAAUAUGAAAAAUAUUGGAGAUGAAAAAAAAGAAAUGCUUGAUAUAAGUGUAUUACCAAAAAAAAUAUUCAAUUAUAAUAUAAGUGCAUUUAUACAAUAUAUGAGUAAGAAAGUAUGCAAUUAUUUAUUUGAUGAACAUCAUUUGAAAUAUUUUAAUAAUGUUAGUAAAAAGAAACGAAAUUUCUUUAUAGAUAAUGUAUAUAAAAAGAAAAAUAUAUAUGAAGGUACAAAAUGGAAUAGUGAUAUUUAUUGGACAUUAUCAAAUGUGAGUUUUUAUACAGCUGAUUGGUAUGAUAUAUUGUAUAGAUUAUUUUUUGAUGCAUCCUCUAGAUUUUAUGAAAUGUUAUUAAAACAUCAUACUCAUAAUAUUCCUUGUAUUAAAUUUUCUCCUGAUGAUAAUUUCUUGUUAUCUUGUUCGGUUGAUAAAAGUAUAAGUUUAUGGUAUCCUAAUAAUGUGAAGAAUGAUAAACUAGAAAAUAAUUAUAAUAUUUAUGAUAAUUUGUUUCCAUAUUAUAAAAAUGAAAAAAAAAAAAAUUCUAAAAAAAAAAUGACAAAACAUAAUAAAACGUCUUCUUCUUAUAAUGAUAACUUUAAUCACAUUUUUCAAGAAUUAGAUGGUUCAUAUGAAACUUAUGAUAUCUUUAUGGAUGAUAAUAAUUUGAUGUGUAAUAACAUGAUCGAAAUGAAUAUAAACAAAAAGAUAGUAAAGGUGAAAAAUGAAAUGAAAAAGAAAAAGAAGAAAUGUAGUUUUGAAAAAUUAUAUAACGAAACGAAAAGGUGGUAUAUAAAUAAAGAGAAAGAAUUAGUUGAACAGAAAAGAAGUAAUAUAUUAUGUAAACAAGAAUUAAAACAUAUGGGUUGGAGUGGAGAUUUUAUUAUAAAAAAGAAUGUUAAAAAAAUGGAUUUCUUUGUAGAUAUAUUUUUUAAUAUUCCAUCCAACAUAUAUAAAGAUAAUUUUAUUUGUUCACAAUAUUUUCCUUACACGAAUAAACCUUUAAAUAACUUUUUAAACAUUUUUGAAAAAUAUUCAUUAUUUGAACUCUUUAAAUUAUCCUUUUUGAAUAUCCAAAGAAAAGACGAAAAAAUUGGGAACAUACCAUCUAAUACAAACAUGAGUAACUUGGUUAAUUAUCUUUUAAAAAUGAAUAGUAAAAAGUUGAAGUAUAUGAAAGAAAACAAUAUUGAUAAUAUCGUAAAUCUCUUAACUCAAGGAGAGUUGUGUAUUAAUAGAAAUAAAGUAAAGAAUGAAAAGGAAGGAGAAAAAGAUUAUAUGGAUAAUGAACAGAAAGACGAAAGAAAGAGGUAUAAAAGGAAAACAUUAAAACGGAUUUAUGUAGCUAUGAAAUACGCGUGUAGACAUAUGUUAAAAAAAUAUCUUUUAUUUAGACCUAAUAAUUAUAAAGAAAAAAAUUAUAAUACAAAAAAAAAUAUGCUAUCAUCAGAAGAAAUAUUUUUAAAUAAUAAUAAGGUACCCUUAUUAACAGAUUAUGAUUUUAAUUUUUCGAGUGAUACUGAUGAUGAACAUAUAUCUUAUAAAAAAAAUAAAACUAAAGAUAUUAAUAAUAAUAAAUUACCAGAUUCAUUUACUUAUGAACACAACGAGUUAAAAAAAAAAUUUCAUAAUUUACAUUAUCAACAAAAUAUAUCAGAUGAAGAAAAAAGUUCUUCUUCUAAUGAUGAAUUUUCCUCAUCAUCUUUUCAUUAUAUAAGUAGCAGUACGAGAACAUAUAGGGAAGGUAAAAAUCUUAGUAAAGAUAUAAAUGAAUCUGAUGAAGAAUAUAUAAAAAAGAAAAAAAUUAAAGAAUCGUUAUUUUAUAAAUAUAUAAAUAAAAUAAGACGUGAAUUUAAUUCAAAUUAUGUAUUAUAUAGAAAUGAAAAGAAUGUUAUGUUAAAAAAUAAAUGGAUGUACUUUUUACAAAAAUUAUUAAAUCAAUAUAUACACAUGAAAUGCUUUAAAAAGGUUUAUGCACAUAUUAAAAAUAAAUUAUUACUAAAUGCUAUAAGGAAAUAUAAAAAACACAAUAAUCAUAAGUUGUAUUUUAAUUUUCAUGUUACUACAAAUUAUAAGGAAUCCAAAAUAUUAAAGGAAGUACUUCAAAAUUAUUCAACAUAUUUUGAUAAAACGAACAAAACAAAAUUUGACAAUAAUAAAAAUGAUUAUAAGAUGGUUAACAAAAAAUUCAUGUCCUAUUUAACGUUAAUAAAAAAAAAAAAACUUUUUAAAAAAACAAGACGAGGAGAACAAAAAUUAAAUAAUCUAAAUGUAUUUCAACCAUUAUGUGAACAUAUUAAUAAUAAUAAUAAUAAUAAUAAUAAUAAUAAUAAUAAUAAUAACAAUAACAAUUGUGAUAAUAAUAACAAUAACAAUUGUGAUAAUAAUAGCUUUAUAAAUAAUCAUAAUUAUUGCUAUAAUGAUAAUAGGGGAUAUACCCUUAUAUUAAAAAAUAAUGUUUCAAAUUUUCACAAUAUUAUACAUAAUAUAAUAAAUAUAUCAAAUCAUAAUAAAAUAAUUAAACAUUCUAAAUAUUUAAAAAAAUACCAUCCACAUGAUAAUAAUCAAAAUAUUCCUUUAUGCAAGAAAAAAAAUUCAAAAAAUCAUCAAAACAACCAUAUGGAAAAAUAUAAUUUCUAUAGAGAAAAAUUAUGUACUGAUCAUGAAAAAAAAAAAAAAAAAAAAAAUACAUUUAAUAAUAUCUUCAAUGAUUUUAAUAAGGAUAUAAGAAAGGGUAUUACCUUUUAUUCAGCAUCAGAUUCAUUAAAUUCUGAUAUAAAUGAGUUUUCGUAUAAAGGAAAAGUAAAAAGAAUGAUUAAAAGAAAAAAGAAAAUAAAAAAAUUAUAUGUAGCAUUAUCAUCAAAAAAAGAAAAAACAAAUUUGUAUAAUAAUAAUAAUAAUAUGGAAGACUCGUUUAUGAUUAAAAACGAUAAUAUUUAUAUUGAUAAGAAAAAGAUGGGGGAUAAUAAUCAUUCAUAUAGAAAUGUAACAUUACAUAAACAUGAUGAAAAAAAUAAUAAUAUUAAUUAUAAUAGAUUCCAUCCUUUUAAUAACGUAAGAUGCUUGAAAAAGGAAAAUAUUAAAGAACAUAUUUUAAUGAAAGAAAAGAAAAAAUUUAACAUAUGUUUCUUAAAUUUAAAUAAAGGUAAUUAUCAAAUUAAUUAUUUUUCCAAUAUUGGUAUAAUGAAAAAAUUUUAUAAAUUUUGUGGUAAAGGAUUAAUUCUGGUGAAUGUACAAUAUAUAAAUAAUGAUACUGAAAAAGGAAAAAAAGAGAAUAUACAUAUUAAUAAUAAUAUAAAGAAUCUUAAUCUAAAAGAAAAUGUAGAUGUUUUGAAUAAAAGACAUAAAAAAAAUAUCAUUUUUCAAACUGACAUAUAUAUAUGCAGUACAUAUAAGGGUAAUAAAAAUAUAAAAAAAAAGAAAUCCAGAACUAUCAUUUUUAUAAUAAAAGUAAAUGUAGAAGAAUUAAAAAUAUACUUAUGCAGAAAGAAAAUAUUUGAAGAGAAAUAUAUCAAUAAUUCUUUUUAUAUUCAUACGAAAGUUGUACAAAUAAUUUAUUUCCUAACCUUACAAAAUUGUAAAAUAUACUCAUCACACAAUAAUAAUAAUAAUAAUAAUAAAACAGAAAUUCUUAAUGUUCAUAACUACAAUGUUAAUUAUAAUAUGGAUUACUCAAAUAUCGAUGAAAAGAGCAAACAAAAAUUACUUAAAUAUUAUUUAUCAAAUGACGAAUAUAUGUUUUUUCAAUUUUUAACAUCAAAUCUGUUCGAAAAAAAUAAUAGGUAUAAAAAUAUAAAGCCAAAAGAAAUAUAUAAAAACAUAGUAAAAAUAAGAAAUUAUAUAUUUAAUGUAAAGGAAGAUGAUAAAUAUGAACAAUAUAUGAAUCUAUUAUCAACAUGUGAAGAAUCAAAUAUAGAAAUUUUUAAAGAUCUAUAUAAUCAAUGUAGAAAUAAUAAAUAUCAAAGUAUAUCUUUUAAUAUAUUCUUUUCAUUGUUAUCAAAUUAUAAAAAAAAUAUACUUAUGCUUAAUGUUUCUACUUUAAGAUUUUUAUAUUCACAUAUGAAAAGUGAACAUACCAAUAAUACGAAUCAAGAAAAAAAAUCCCAAAAGAAAAAAAAAAGUUCCAAAAAAAAAAAAAAACAAAAAAAAAACAUAUGUUGUAUAAAUAAAGAUGAUUAUAUUUAUAAUAACAUUAUAAAUAAAGAACAAAAAAAAGAAUUGAAUAAAUAUUUAAUACUAUGUGCAGAUAAAUGCAACAUAUAUCUAUUGAAAUUUAAAUUUACAAAAAUCACUAGGAAUUUAUUUACUACCAAAUUUCUUCCUUUAUCUAUUCAGAAAAUACCAAAAGAAGAAUAUGAAACUUUUAAACAAGCAUUUGCAACAUCCCGUAUUAGUUUGUUAAAAAUUAUAUAUGAAAGAUCAUGUAUAAUACUGGCCAAUCAAUAUAGUAAUAAAAUAUUUAUUUAUUUUGUGCAAAAAUGUAUGUAUACAAAUACAUACUUUUUAAUACCAUAUUUUAUUCUUCCAUUAUAUACUUUGUCUAUAGGGAGAAAACUUACUCCGAAUUUUAAUAGGGAUAAAUUAAAUUGUCAUAAGAAAUAUAUAAUAAAUAACAUAAAUUAUAAUUUGAAAAGAUUAUUAGAUGGUAAAUCAUUAGAAGAAUCGAAAGAUAAUGAUUUUUGUAUUGCAGGGCUUGAUGUAAUUUAUGUUAAUAAAAGGGAUGAUACAUUUGAAUUGACGGUUUAUGUACUUUUAUUAAGUAACAUUAUUUUUUGUUACAAAGUAAAUUUUGAAUAUUACUAA